GGUCUUUCUCUGCCACCGAGUCCGAGUCAGCCACGCCAUCUCCCUCAGUUGCGCGCCACGUAUCAGUCUCCCCUCGUUGCCACGCAACCUCCUCACUCUCCGAAAGGCCUAGAAGGAUUUGUCUUUCACCAGAAAAUUUAGUGGAAAAGAUGGCCAGCUUCCGAAACCAAACCAACCCCUCUGAAAAGCUCCCUGCUGACAGAAUAGCUGACGCUGAGCUGGGUAGCUAGAAAGAAGCCAUCUCCCGAGGCACAUGACCCACAACUCACCACGCAAUUCUCCUCAGCACCAAUCCCGAUUCAUAUUCACUUUCGUAUUACGAAUUCUUUGGCGCUCUCUGCUUCGCGCUACUGAUCAGAAUCUCCUCUUCUUCUUGCGCUUGCAAGACCAUUAAUUGAUACCUUAACAAGUCCUUGGAACUUCUUUGCCCAAGUUGAAUUUCGCAAUCCAUUCAUUACUCAAGCCGUUAUUUAUCCAGAAUUGUAACUUCUCCUCUUCCAUUGAGUUGCCUUGGGAAGACAAAGUCGGCCUAACCCUUUCCUUUUCAAUAAAAAUCGAGACUUUACGGACGAUAUCCUCUUCCUGACAACAAAUUCUCGCCUGUUUCAUUGGAAGUGAGGGUUAGAAUGAAUUGAGAGAGAGAGAGAGAGAGAGAAGAGGUUAUAAUUCUGAGGUGGGUAUUUUGGUCGGAUCAAGACCAGGCGUGCCUGCGACGUCUUCUUGGUUAGGCGCUGCGACAACAAGAGUUGAUUUUGACGGUAAAGUACCCUCUGUUUCGAAGAAGAUGGUCGGCGAAGGCAAAGAAAACUUGUCAGAGAAGAAAUUCGUUUCGGACGUCGAGUUGGGUAUUGGAGAGAGGGCUUUCUCUGCGGCUGGUGCUGCCAUCAUCUCCGCAAUCAUUGUCAACCCUCUCGAUGUCGCCAAGACAAGGUUGCAAGCUCAGGCUGCUGGAGUCCCUUUUAAGGGGCUGUGUCACAUGUCCUCAUUCGAUUUGAAUGUGAUGCUUCCAGACUUAAGAAGUUACACAUCAUGCACACGUUCCGUAUUUGACAAUGAACCAGUGUGCCCUCCCGAAUGUGGCCGGUAUAAAGGGACUCUGGAUGUCUUCUACAAAAUCAUACGCCAGGAGGGAUUUUCAAGGCUGUGGAGAGGCACAACUGCAAGCUUGGCUUUGGCAGUGCCAACGGUGGGAAUCUAUUUGCCGUGCUAUGAUAUCUUACGCAAUGUGAUGGAAGAUUAUACAACAGAACACAUGCCAAGCUUGACACCAUACAUUCCAUUGCUUGCAGGCUCAGCUGCUAGAUCAUUAGCCUGUAUUUCUUGUUAUCCUGUGGAAAUGGCAAGAACGCGGAUGCAGGCAUUCAAAGAAAUGAAAAAUGGUCCAAAACCUCCAGGAGUUUGGAAGACAUUGCUUGAGGUCAUUAACCCUGUCCGAAGCACAAACAGCCUUCAAAAUUUGCAAACCUUCCGCAUUCUGUGGACUGGUCUUGGAGCACAACUCGCACGUGAUGUUCCUUUUUCUGCAAUCUGCUGGUCAACUCUCGAGACGAUCAGGCAGAAAAUCUUUGAAAUGGUUGGAGAGGAACCCAGUGCAGGCAUUGUCCUUGGGACAAAUUUUUCUGCUGGUUUUGUGGCCGGAACAAUUGCAGCUGCUGCAACUUGUCCAUUGGAUGUGGCAAAGACAAGGCGGCAGAUUGAGAAGGAUCCGACAAGGGCAUUAAACGUGACAACAAGACAAACUUUAGCUGAAAUAUGGAGGGAUGGUGGGAUGAAAGGAUUGUUUGCUGGAGUAGUCCCUCGAGUUGGCCGCGCCGGUCCAUCGGUUGGAAUAGUCGUGUCAUUCUAUGAAGUCGUCAAGUAUUGUUUACAUCACAGACACACUAAAGAUGGUGGAAGAGGAUAAGGUACCUACUGUACGUCCUUUUGUCGUUCAUGCCAGGACUAGCCAUGUUCAACCUCAGCCAUCGAUCUAGGAUUGACACUGCAUGCAGCGAUGGGAAGAGGACUUAAGAGAAUGAUACAAAAGCGGAUCCACCACCGACGAGCGUGCAAAAUUGGUCAUUUUGCUUCGUCGGCUGGUGGAUAUACAUACACCUGAUGCAUCUAAUAAUUCCUUUUGGUCAUUAAUGUCGAAAUGAGCUCAGUGCUUCAUGGCAUAUGGCAAAUUGUAAUACGAGGAAUUGAAGUCCCUUUUUGUUUCUUCUUCUUUUUUGGAUCAUCCAAAAUUACAAGGUUUACUUAAAUUGGAUCUUCUAGCUUUUAGCUUCAAUUCUUUUAAAGAGAAGCCCCCCAAAGCAAA